AUGGUGUGCGAUAGUCAUGGAAAUCUAAGCGAUGCAGAGUUCAGCAAACCCUUACCUUGGAUAGGUGUCUACGUAUCUGCAGCUUCACUCAUCUGCGGAGCCGCCAUGUUCACCGAUCUCCUCCGCGGCUUCCGCAACCGCAGGUUCUGGUUCCCAUGCAAAUCCUUCUCACUCAACGCCACCACACUCACCUUCCUCGCCGUCUGCGUCAAACUCUCAGUAGAUCUCAACACUUGCAUGCCUAGUCGCCAAGACCAGCUCUCCAAACUCAGCAGCAACGUCUUCGUCUGCACCGUGAUGGCCAACUCCAUGCCUUCUUUGGGGUUUAUGGUCACUCAAGACCUCCUCAUGAACCUCGUUGCUCUCGGGAUUCUCGUCGUCACCGACGUUGUCAACAUCUGUAUCCAGCUCGGGACAGGUGCUAUCUAUGUGUUCCCUCAAGAACACGCGUUCGUUAUCGUUCUCACGCUUCUAAUGUUCGUGAUCUUGAGCUUCUCUGCUAUUACAGUCCCAACCACCAAACGUUUCUUGGAGAUCAAGUACAAGAAGAGUUACGAGUUGGCUUUGAAGCAGUGUCCUUUGUAUCAGACAGAGAGAAGAGGAGGAUUCUCUGAGCUUAAAGAAGAUCUCAUGAAGUUUUGGAUGAUGGCUCAUACUUCUAGUCCUCAGUUUGUUAUGGCUCGUUCUGUCACCUGCACCACCUCUGGUUUUCUCUGUUUCUUGAGCGCAGUUACUUUGGCUGAAGCCAUGCUCCGCUCUUACAUCUUACAUCCAAACUCUAUUGGGUUCUGUAGUGGAGACUCUGAUUACAAAUGGUCCACCACUUUGGUUUUAAUCUCCCAGGCGGCUUCAGUGGCCGUAGGGACGGUUGCUCCAGCGAGCAGAUGGUUUACUGCAGUGAACUUACGGUGUUCAUCAGGAGCAAACAAAUCUUUGAGGGAUGAGUUGAGAGUAGAGAGUUAUUGGGUGGAGUGCCUCUCAGUGAAGAAAGAACAUCCCUUGAACUUUUGGAUGCUACUCCAUGGUCGCCGCAGUAGGAAGCUUGCACACGACGUGAACAGAUACAUACUUGAUCUCUGCAUUGCAGUACAGUAUGGUAUAGUGUUUGCUAGCAAGUUCCUCCGGUUCAUCGCGGUCUACUGUGUGAGUAGGAUCUUCAAAACAAACCCUGACUCGUCCUCUGGAUCAAAUUCAACAAGAGAAUACGUUCUGCAUCUUGAAGGAGAGGAGGAGCUGGUGGAUUACAUGGCAAGAAGCAACCGUGAGGCCACAAACCACUUGAUACAAAAGGGUCGGAAGAAACAACCCUUAAACUUGAUAGAGCUCUUGGAGGCAACAGAUCCCAUCUCAAAAGGAUUUGAAGGGAUUCGAGAUUUCGACAGCGACCAGGUGGCUUCUCUGGUGGCCUCUGGAGAGCCAUCUAAUUGUUGGGCUCUUCCUUUAGUAACACUUACGAGUAUAGCUGCUUCACUUCCAAAUAUUCAGCCUUGCUUGCUGAAGAAGUUAGUGAAGGCUGUAAACGAGGCGUUGGUCUAUGUCAAGAAGUUUGAAGACGUCUUAGACAUUGAAGGAGAGUUAGCCAACAGCAGGAAAGCUGCUGAAGUAGUUUGGUUAGGAGUUGAUCUCUACCAUAAGUGGCUCAACGUGGAUCUACAAAAACUAUCCAAGCAAACAAAAACACCACAAGAAGUUCUUAAAGAGCUAGUGGAUAUAGCAAAGAAAGAGUUCAGCGAGUCGUGGGAGAAGAACAUGAUGCUGAAGCCCUCGCGCUGGCCCAUCAAGACUCUAGCAGCAAACUCUAUGUACAGAAUCAGCCAAACCCUUUUGAAGAAAUACGAAUCAAGAAACACUGGAACAGAGGAUACUCUGUUUAAAGAGGUGGAGAGGAUGGUAUCGGACAUAGUAGCAGGAUGCUUUUGCAACACGGCAAGAGUGGUGGGGAUGCAGUGUUUGGUAACGGCGGUGGAGGUGAGGGAAGCUUCAGUGAGAGAAGCGGCAAUGCAUCUGGGGAGAACAGAGAAGAUACUUGAGAUCGUGGACAGGAGAUGCAUGCCUUCUUUGUCUCAUCACAAAGUGGCUAAGAUUGAUGGAUGGAGAGAAUUUUAUAAGACCAGUAAAUGCAUCUCUUCCACUACUCAUCCUUCGACUCAGUGUACCACUCGUCAACUCAUUCUCACCAUUGAGUAA